CCUCAAUCAUGAAACGGAGCUCUCUCUCUCUCUCCCCCCCCCCCGCCCCCUCAACUGUUCCAACUCCUUCAACGCUCAAGAGCACCGUGCCAUUUUCUCACACGUACCGCUCUCUCUCUCUCUCUCUCUCUCUCUCUCCCUCUCUCUCGUCCUUCUCCGUCACUGCUCUGCGCUUCACAGUCUCCGUCUCUUUCUUUAAAAUUAUAAUCUCUCUCUCUCUCAAUGGAUCAGCCCUAAAUUUCACUUAUUGGUUUGGUAAUCUAAGAGGUAACAUGGAGAUCAGGGCUUUGAAUCGAGCUUGAGCCGAAGCUCUAAUGGAAGGUAUUUGGUAAUUUUCGGAGAUGUCAGUGGCGGAGCUGAAGGAGCGGCAUAUGGCUGCUACGGAGAACGUCAAUAAUCUCAGAGAGCGGUUGAAGCAGAAGCGCCUUCUCCUUCUCGACACCGAUGUUGCGUCAUUUGUGCGGACGCAGGGCCGGAGUGCGGUUACCUUCGGACAGACGGAUCUUGUGUGCUGUAGGACGUUGCAGGGACAUACAGGAAAGGUGUAUUCAUUGGACUGGACUUCUGAAAAGAAUCGAAUUGUCAGUGCGUCUCAAGAUGGGAGAUUAAUAGUGUGGAAUGCUCUAACCAGCCAGAAAACUCAUGCCAUAAAGCUACCAUGUGCAUGGGUCAUGACCUGUGCUUUCUCUCCAAGCGGUCACUCUGUUGCCUGUGGCGGACUUGAUAGCGUGUGCUCUAUCUUCAACCUGAAUUCUGCUACGGACAAGGACGGAAAUUUACCAGUGUCAAAAAUGCUCAGCGGACAUAAGGGUUACGUAUCAUCCUGUCAAUAUGUUCCGGAUGAGGACGCUCACCUUAUAACUAGUUCCGGUGAUCAGACGUGUGGUUUGUGGGAUAUUUCUACUGGCCUCAGAACUUCUGUUUUCGGAGGUGAAUUUCAAUCUGGGCACACUGCGGAUGUAUUGUGUGUCUCAAUAAAUGGAUCAAACUCAAGAAUGUUUGUAUCUGGUUCAUGUGAUUCUACUGCCCGAUUGUGGGACACUCGUGUUGCUAGCCGAGCAGUCCGUACAUUUCAUGCCCAUGAGGGAGAUGUUAACAGUGUGAAGUUCUUUCCAGAUGGGAAUAGAUUUGGAACUGGCUCAGAUGAUGGAACUUGUAGGCUAUUUGAUAUAAGGACUGGGCACCAGCUUCAAGUAUACCAUCAACAGGAGGGUGAUAAUGAUGUCCCACGUGUAACCUCCAUUGCAUUCUCCACAUCAGGGAGACUUCUCUUUGCAGGAAACUCAAAUGGUGAUUGCUAUGUAUGGGACACUUUACUCGCACAGGUGGUUUUGAAUUUGGGAUCUCUUCAAAACUCACAUGAAGGCCACAUCAGUUGUUUGGGCUUAUCAGCUGAUGGAAGUGCCAUAUGUACAGGAAGUUGGGAUACAAAUUUGAAGAUAUGGGCCUUUGGAGGGCAUAGGAGAGUGAUCUAAGUGCCUGGAAAGAGCAGAAUGGCUGUUUUUAAUCUUCCUAGGUUUACCCAGCGCAGCUCAAGACCAUCAGAGUCACCUUGACCUUGGUGCUUCCUUUGUUAUUCUUCGUGUAAGGUGAUGUGGUUUGGAAAACAAUAAUUGUGUACUGUUUUAUUCUUCUCAUUGUGAACACUGAGGAUCCAUUAUUCUAAGAAAGAAAGAAAGAAAAUUACUCUC